AUGGCCAACGACUCCCUUGCAAGGGGUGGCUGUCCCGUGCCAUUCUACUCUGCGAGCCUAUUUCCGAUCGAUGAAGGGUUUAUUGACGGCCGGCUGUGCCAAAACUUGAGCCCGACCUUGCAAUGUUGCUUGCCUUGCCCGCUCACUGAUUGGGUCUACCCGGAUUACUUCAACACUCUGACGACGGCGGCCAACUGGGUCUGCGUUGCUAGCGCAGCAUGCUGUCUCUUCCUGCUGAUAUCAUGGGCAGUUCUGCCUGUUGAUAAAACCUACAGACAUUACCUAAGCAUUUGCUUGACAAUAGCCGUGUUCAUCAUGAACCUUGGCUUUGUCGUGCCUCUCGCCGACCAACCAGAGCAAUGCUACAACGAAAUCACACCGCACAGUAUGAAGUCUAGCAAGGUCUGCGGCGCAUCUGGGUCUUUCCUCUUGCUCGGAGGCUGGGCCGGUGUCAUGUGGGUCUUCUUGCGAUCGUUGUCCCUACAUCUUCAGAUCUGUUGGCAAGUUGUCGUGGGUCGCAACUUUAUGAUCUUUGCCCAAGCUACGGGCUGGGGUAUUCCCCUUGUUGGCAUCAUUGUUGCUCUCGUCUUCAGCGGCGUGUCCUUCCGAUUCGGGGCUACGUGUCACAUCAACCACAAGAACAGUCUUGCCGACUUCUGGAUACCUCUUCUCGUCUUCGCCGGCCUCACAGUCAUAAUCCAAUUUGCCACCUUCGGAUAUUGUAUCAAGGUCUACCUUGCCUCCCUGGCUGAUAACAGUGCGUCAACCGAAGGGUCGAGUUUACCCACAUACAGCAACAGUAUCCAGACCAUGAGCCCUCGCCAAGCGUACCGACGAGUGAGGCGCGUCAUUUCGCUCCAAUGGAGAGGUAUCGCCAUUGUUCUCAUCAUUGUUGCCGACGUCAUCUUUUUCUCCCUCGUCUUCGUGUUCCAGGACAACACCGUCCAGGCGGUACACGAUGACCAGAGCAUUGCCCAGGAUUGGGUUCUCUGCCUUAUCGGCAACGGAGGAGACAGAACAAAGUGUUAUGACAAGGCCAAGAACAUGGUUGUUAAUGAGGCAACCAUCACGGCGGUCCUGAUUCUUCUGGCGAUGAAUGGUAUCUGGCUGCUCUUCCUACUGGGUCGUUGGGCCAUGGUCCUUGGCUGGAUGGACCUUUUCACUUCCUGCCUAGGCAGAAACAAAAAGGAGUUCGUAUCGGUGGAUGCCCGAUACGACGUUAAGAAAGACACACGUGCGUACGAGAUGCUGUCUAGAGACUCGAGCGCUGUUGUAACACCAAUCUCCCCAGUCAAAUCACCCGUUGUAAGUCCCAAUAACGGACGAAGAACGCCGGACUACUUUGGGCAGACCGCCCGCUACCAGCCGCCGAUGCGGUCGUUCUCGAGCCCUCGACCGCCACAAACACCCCCAACUUGGGAUGCGCGAGCAACAUACGCUCGGCCCGAGUCACGAUCCCGAGGCGACGGGUUCGAUGACAUGAACCCACUUGGGAUGAACAGGAUAUAA